AUGCUCCGCCGCUGCACAUCGCCGGUUUUCCAUGGCGGUGAAUUGAGCAGGUGCCGGGGGAAUUUCAGGCGGAGCAAACCGAAGUUUGCCUCACUUGCUGCUGACGCAGAGUCCGUUACUGAGGGAACACAAUACGGAGGCGGACUGCCAGCGGAGCCUCGCGUGGUGGCGCGCAUUUCUCUCAUUGGCGGGGUGACAGCCGAGCCUUCCAAUCAGCUGGACUCUGAUAUUCUGCUGCGCCUGAUGGGACACUUUAUCGCCAUGGCAGAGCGGCCGUCUGACUCUCUUGAUGACAUCAUGGCUUGGAGAGUGGGAGUUUCUCUCCCAUUGUACCCAACAGAGCCGGCACUGGCGCGUUGCUGCUGUGUUGAUGACGACGCUGUGACGGAGGGAAUAGCGGUUGUGUAUUCACGAUGA